AUGGACAGCCCGAGCGUCGGCGACUACUACGCUGCUAUCAACCGCCAACAAUGGCACGCAAGUCGGAACUGCGGCCGAUGCGCCGAAGUGUCAGGGGACGAUCCGACCGUAGCGGCCACAGUGUACAUUGUCGACGAGUGUCCGAAGUGCAAAGCCGGCGGAUUGGGCCUCGCGCCCGCCGUGCUAAAGCAACUGCGCUCCGAGCGCUCGCAACGCAGCGGCAUCCGGUGGCGCUUCGUCGACUGCCCCGUGCGCGGCCACGUCAAGUUCUGUGCAAACAGCCGCAGCACGCGCUCGUGGGUGGCGCUGCAGCCCGUGAACGCCGUGGCCGGCGUGACGAAAGUGGCGAUCGCCGGCCACGAGACGGUCAUGCUGGACUCGGGCUUUUUUUUCGUGCUCAACGAGUCGAGCGUGGACCUGUCGAACGUGACCGUUGCCCUCACGUCGACUGCGGGGGAGACGAUCACGGACUCGCUGUCGCUCACGCCGGGCAAGUGCACUCCUGGGACGUCCAACUUUGGGCCCAGUCGGCGGGUCAAAGUGCUCAACAACUUUGACGAGCUCACCUACGACAGCGACUACAAAGCAGGCGACGUCAUGGCAAUGGACGAGGAGGCGCUUGCGCCGCCCGCUCGACCGGCCGCAACGACUUCGGACGCCCACCUCCUUCUCGUUGCGCCCGUAGUGUUGGCUGCCGUCUGUGCUGUGGCGUGGGGUGCGUUCGCCUACGUCGCCAGGCGAGCCAAAGCCACUCCUACCGACGAGUCGAAUUCCCUGACAAGUCCCUUUAGCACUCGCAGCUCGCCAGCCAUUCUUAGUGACACGAUGACGAGAUUGUAG